UCGCCCAGCACCAUGGUGGGGCAGAGCCCUCUGGAGCCCAGCGAGGGCAGGGCUGCUGUGCUGCUGGAGCCCUUUCUGCACCAGGUGGGAGGCCACCUGAGCCUGCUGCAGUAUGAUGAGCACACAGUCUGCAAGCCUCUGGUGGCCCAGGAGCUCAGCUUCUACGAGUCGCUGCCCCUGGCCAUGAGGCAGUUCACUCCCCAGUACAAAGGCAUCAUUUCAGUGCACCUCAGGAGGGACAGCCUUGGCAACCUGGCCCUGCUGGCCAGCCCCAGCCUGCAGGCAGAGAGUGCCGUGGGGGACUCCUCGGGGGCAGUAUGGCACAGGCACAGGAGGGCUGCUGGCAGCGAGGGUGCCAAGUGGAGCCACACACAGCUCACCAAGACCUGCAGAGACAGCUGCCCAGGGAAGAUGCUAUUGAGGACAGACCUUCAAUACUGCACAGAUCCACUUUUGGAGGAUGCAAAUGGAAACCAGCCAGAAAGAAAGAGCCACAACCCCUGGGGACUGCACUGUCACAGGCAGCACCUGAACCGCAUGUCCUCCAAGCACAAUGAGAAUAAACUCCAUCAGUUCCUGCUGCUGGAAAAUGUGGUCUGCAAGUACAGCUACCCCUGCAUCCUGGACCUGAAGAUGGGGACACGGCAGCACGGGGAUGAUGCCUCUGAGGAGAAGAGGGCUCGGCACAUCCGCAAGUGCCAGCAGAGCACCUCCGCCUCGCUGGGCAUCCGCAUCGGCGGCAUGCAGGUCUACCAAGCAGACACUGGCCACUUUCUCUGCAAGGACAAAUACUAUGGCAGGAAGCUCUCAGCAGAGGGCUUCAGGCAAACCCUGCGCCAGUUCCUGAGCAAUGGGAACCAGCUGCGGACGGAGCUGCUGGAGCCGAUCGUGCUGCGCCUCAAGGCUCUGCUCUCUGUCAUCAGGAAGCAAAGCUCCUACAGGUUCUACUCCAGCUCAGUCCUCAUCAUCUACGAUGGGCAGGAGCACAAAGAGCACACAGCACCCCUGGGUAAUCAUCUUCACUUCCCCAGAACAAACUGCACCCCCCUGCAGGGCGCUCAGCACUCCAGGGUUGACGUCCGGAUGAUUGACUUCGCCCACACCACUUUCAAAGGCUCCAAAUGCAACCACACCACCCACGAUGGGCCAGACCAUGGCUACAUCUUUGGCUUGGAGAACCUCAUCAGAAUCCUUCAGAGUUUCUCAGAAGGCAAAUGAUCAGUUCUGGGAAACCC